CUCAAGUCCAGGAGGCGGGGUUUGGUCGUACCCAGCCUCUGCGCUUGCCAAGGAAUGUGAAGCCAGGACACACACACACACACACAUACAUACAUACAUACAUACAUGCAUACAGACACAGACACACAGACACACACAGAGUGACAGGAGCGCGGUCACAGGCGUGGUGAUGGUACAGCAAGCUGUGGAAAAAGUACCGACCAGCGGGACUCCGGUAUGCCAAGAAUAAAAACUCCACACGUUUGGAAAAGAAACUGCCAGAUCUGUGUCAUCUCGCAGGGUGAGCGGGGGGGCUCUGCAAUGGAGGGGGGAGACGAUGAGUCCUGAAGCCACCCCUCUCCUCUCCUUUCUCUUGUUUUUCCCUGGGAGAGACAACAUGCUGAGUGUUAAACUGCCUCAAGUGUUCCACAUUCACCAAGUACCGCGAGUUUUCCGGGAGGAUGGGAUUAUUUCGGGAUAUCGCCACCCCCGUAGCUCCGCCCUGGACUGCAUCCUCAGCAGCUUCCAGAUGACCAAUGAGACGGUUAAUAUCUGGACCCACUUCCUUCCAACCUGGUAUUUCCUGUGGCAGUUCUGCGUCCUGUGCUCCACACUGGAUUUCUGGAGUGAGUGUUACUCCUGGCCUCUGCUGGUGUACAUGCUGCUCAUCUGCCUGUACCCGUUCACCUCGAGCUGCGCUCACACCUUCAGCUCCAUGUCUGCAGAGGCGCGGCACGUCUGCUACUUCUUCGACUACGGAGCGCUCAGCCUCUACAGCCUGGGCUGUGCGAUCACCUAUGGUGCAUACGUGAUGCCGGAUCGCUGGAUCAACAGUGUGUUUCAUCACUGCUUCAUUCCUGUAGCCGUAUUGAACACCCUCGUGUGCACAGCACUGUCCUGCUACUCACGAUUUCCUGAACUGGAGUUUCCACGCUGGAGUAAGAUUCUGAGGACAGCAGCGUUUGUUUACCCCUUCGUUUUCGACAACAUUCCUCUAUUUUACCGGUUGCUGGUGUGUUCAGGGGAAGGCUGUACUCACAAUGAAGCUGUCUCCAGUCACUGCUAUCAUCUCAUCUUUGCUUUCCUCACCUGCUUCCUGUUCGCAUCACACUUACCUGAGAGGCUCGCUCCAGGCAGAUUCGACUACAUCGGUCACAGUCACCAGCUCUUCCAUAUCUGCGCUGUGGUGGGGACCCACUUCCAGAUGGAGGCUAUCCUGGCUGAUAUGAGCUCCAGGCGAGGCUGGCUGGCUGCCCACACUCCCAUGCCCUCCUUCCUGGGCUCCGUUGGAGCCGUCUCUAUCGGAGUGGUUCUCAACCUGGCCAUCAUAGGACUCUUCAGCGCCACCUUGCUGUGGACACCCAGUACUGCACACUCCCCCUGCCCUUGCAACAACAACAACAACAACCACCACCAACCAGAGCGCAAGGACAAGUGAGCCACUCACACAGACAAACACUCCCCCUGGUGGCAGGUCAAGGGAUAUUUAUUUGAAGAUACAGGAAAUUCUAUUGACUUUUUUUUUUUUUUGGCACAUAAUGUUUCCUGAUUUGAGUUAACAGGCUUUUUUUUCUGGCAAUAUCUUUUUAACAGUAACAUAUAUUUAUAUACAUAUAUAUGUGUGUGUAUAAUAUAUAUCUCAAGACCACUAAAGCCUUCAGGUAAAGAAACUGAAGACAAAGGAAACUACUAUUCUAUCAAAAUAAUGCUUCUGAAAAGACUCCUCAAGAGGGGGAACCAUAGUAGCGAAACAUAUAACUAGAAUAGUUAGUAGGCAAGGCUAAGCAGAAAUAGCAAUACAGAAUAAUUAGAUCACAUAUAAUACUUUAUUACAUUUCGAAACUAAACUUUAAGGUUGAUUGUAAUCUAUAAGUACCAUACACUAGAGCUGCAAGUACAGCAGCAGCAGGAGCAUGCAUAUUCUAUUCAGUUGGGCUCAUAGAGUGAUACACCUGCCUGGCCACUUUGUUAGGACAUGUCACUAAUGUCAGGUCGGGUCACCGUUUGCUCCGAUCACAGCCUUAGCGUGGCACAAACUCCUCAAGGUCCUGGAAGGUGUCUCAAGGGAUCCAUUCAGGCAUUCAUAUUUAAGUUGGCGUAGAGAGGUGGGCAGAGGGAGGAUGAUCGUUCAAGCUCAUCCCAGAUAUGCGUUUCUGGAUUAAGAGUCCAUGGUGGGCUUUGCAAACUUUUCACAAUUCAGAGUUCAGCGUUGUACACCAGGAGAACAUGCUCCAAACCAGGGCCAUGCCAAAUCAGGUACUGUUCCUAAUUCAGUGGCCAGGAAGUGUAAGGGCAAAAAAGCUUGUGUCCUUAAAAAAAAAAAAAAAAAAAAAAAACUACCUCUGGAGAAAGUGUACAAAAAGCUGGGGAUAAAAGAAUGGAGUGAGAAGCUUUAAACUCAAACUAAGAAAUACGAUCAGAAACUUGGUCAAGUUUUUAUAACAUAUAGAUAGUCUGGACAAUACCCUCUAGUGGUUGGCUGAAGAUCUGCAUCUUUUUUUGAAGAUAAAGGACUUUUUGAAGACAUGGGAGACUGCCACUAAAGAAAUGUAGCAGGAGCUGCUGUUUGGUUCUAGUUGCCUGCCAUAGACAUAUGCAACCCAGGCUUGUCUUUAUAGAAGAGCCAGCGCCAUCUAGUGGUCUGCCACUGCGGAAGUUUAUUUUGCCGUGCCAAUGUGGCACUGGUGCUUACUUCUAUAAAGAUGAUAGCCUACAAUGCAUAAUUCUGUGGAAGGCAACUAGAACAGAAGCUCCUCAGUCACCUUAACACAAAAUAAAAAAACACAGAUGCAAUGAGAACCACUGUGAAGGAUUGCAAACAUCCUGAAAAACAAACUAAGGAAAAGCUAGACUUUAAAAUGUGGUACAAAAGAGACUGAGCAACGAGAGCUGCUGAGUCUGAGCUGAGCAUUCAUAUUGGGUUUUAGAUACUUCACAAGGUAGGUUAUUCCAUUGUGUUCGAACUCUCUGUGUAAAACAGGGCCUACGCUUUGUUGUAAAAUCCCUCAGCUUCCAUUGAAGCCCUCUCGCCCCACUCUCUGUGCUUGAAGCCCUGGGAUAACUUAGGAUUUUAGAGACUUCAAGUCCCCUCUUUCCCUUCUUGUAACCUGUCCUCAACUCACUGAGUCCUGAGAUCAGCCCAACUCUCUCUAUUUUCUCAAGUGCAGUAAUGUCUUGCUUGUAGUGAGGCGACCAGAGGUGCGCACUAGCUGGGGUCUGACAGGAGCAUCAACUUCCAUAGACUUCCACAUACUUGCCAAUGGGGGAAAAAAAAAAGAAAACUAUUUACUAUUUUAAUUGCCUCCCCACAUUGUCUACUUUUAAACUGGAGUCCGUUGUAACCCGAGAUCCUUUUCAAAGUUUGUCUGUUUCCAUCCUGUUCGUUCUGCACUCCUCUACCCAGCUGAUAAGUGUCAGCGGAUUGCUUUGUUACCUUUAAGAAUACACACUUGGCAUUAGCCCGAUUUGUUCUGAUUGAUGGAUUGUUUUGGGACUGUAUGAUUGUUUUAAAGUUCUAGAUGGAUUGUAAGGCAUUGAAAAGGUUUCCUUCACAGCUCAGCAGGCGUACAGGAACUGAUGUCUCGUUUCCGGGGGGAGCGGAUAUGAUGACACACAGUUUGACAGAACACCCAAGCUUUAUUAUUAUUAUUAUUAUUAUUAUUAUUAUUUAGACUAUGGCAGUUGUCACGUUUAAUGGAACUACCAUAGGGUAUAUUUGCAGAACUUGUCUAUUGUCUUAUUGUGCAAUUCUGCUCAUUUUAAGGUAAUUUUUGCUUCCCUUUUAUACAUAUCUAGAGAAUAGCUUGUUAAUGUAACAGUAAAACUUGCUACAUGUCAGUAGUUCAAUUAUGCAAUUGAUGCCCUGGAUGAAAAAUUGAAUUGGAUUUGCUAUCUAGAAGAAACAAAUGAAACAAGACUUAAAAGAAUGUGGUAGAUCAGAAAGUUAUAGGAAGCCAGGAAGUGAUGUCGUGGUUUGUGAAGUUGUGUCGUCUGAAUUAACUUGUAGGAAGGCGUGUAGAGGUCAGAGGUAAUGGCUGGGAGUUAGACUGAAGUGUUAUUGAAAGCAACAGAAUCUGCAAGUAUAUGGAGGCAGGCUUGAGGCAUGGAGACUGAACUGCUCUCUCCAUCCCUCAACCCUCUAAGAGAAAGGGUGCUCCAUCCAGUCCAGGGCAAGCUUGAGGCAUGGAGACUGAACAGCUCCCUCACCCCCUAAGAGAAAGGGUGCUCCAUCCAGUCCAGGGCAGGCUUGAGACAUGGAGACUGAACAGCUCCCUCCAUCCCUCAACCCUCUAAGAGAAAGGGUGCUCCAUCCAGUCCAGGGCAGGCUUGAGGCAUGGAGACUGAACAGCUCCCUCACCCCCUAAGAGAAAGGGUGCUCCAUCCAGUCCAGGGCAGGCUUGAGGCAUGGAGACUGAACAGCUCCCUCACCCCCUAAGAGAAAGGGGGCUCCCUCCAGUCCAGGGCAGGUUUGAGGUAUGGAGACUGAACUGCUCCCUCACCCCCCUAAGAGAAAGGGGGGGGGGGGUGAGGAAGCAGUUCUGUUAUCUGUUUGUAGUGCCAACUAUCUUUUACCUAUCAAAAGAACUGAAAUAAUAAUAAUAAAUAAUAAUAAUAAUAAUAAUAAUAAUAAUAAUAAUAAUAAUAAUAAAUAUACACAAUUACUGCAUAUAAAACCGCUAUAAUUCCAUCAAGAGGUUCUGAUUUCAUAUAUUAAACCACAAGAGCAACACGUGGUUUAUCAAUGCUACUGGUAACCUAAGAUGGAAUUCUUGUGUUCAUACAAUUUGGUGCUUUACUGAGAGAAUUAAAUGGACUGUUGCCUGGGUCACACAGAACGUAUGAGCAAGUAGCUUCACAUGUCUUUUCCAUGUAUUUUUGACUGUCCCCUUACCCUUUCAUGAUGUUUGCAAUCAUUCUUUAUUGCAGUUAUUCAAUUGCUGUGUGUUUUCUUUAAUAACCCUGUGUCAGGGUGCUUUGAGUUCAGAAGCUGCUCCUCAGUUCUGGUUACCUGCCAUAGAUCUGUGUAACCCAGGCUAGAUCAGCCACAGUGUCUUUAUAGAAGCGCCAGCGCCACCUACUGAUUCUUUUGUUUUUCUGGCAGUACACUGCUGGAGUUUAUUAAUAUAAAGACACUUUGGCUGCCUGUGUUGCAUAUGUCCACAGGAGUUAACUGGAACUGUAGAGCAGCUCUUGAACUCGGUCAAAGCGACACAGACUCAAUGAAAGGACAGAGAAACAAGGUAUUUGAGUUUUUACAAUGAAGCACUCAGAGUGAUUGCAAACAUGAAAAAGGUAAGGGGACAUUGAACAGGAGAAUGAAUUUGAAGUAAUUACUCGUAUUUGUUCUGGAAUCACACACUUGUCUGAGGUCAUUUCUUCUUAGUUGUUUGCUAUAGAGGCUUUCCUGUGAGUCUCUCCCAGUCUGACUCUGAGGCCGCUGGUGUUUAUCUUGGUGCUGUUGUCAAUAGCAACCGCGUCAAACACGCAUUGUUUUGGAAAACUGCCUGCAGAGAAGUUUACAGUUUUAUAAACUACAGUUUGACUGUGGAACUGAUUGCUUAUAGAAAAAUACGAUUUCACAGGACAUUCAAGGACAUGCUGUAAAUCUAUUCCGGUUUAAAAAUCAGUUUGUAAGUGCCUGUUUAUAAAGUGGAGGCUCUUGUUUGAGCCUUCCUAGUUACUGGUAUACCACUACAGAUGCAUUAACAUUUUACACUAAAAUGUAAGACACCUAUAUUUACUAAGUAAGGUUAAAAACUACUUAAAGCUGUUUACUAUUAAACCAUUUUCCUUUUUGCA